CUUGCUACAACGCAGCAUUCAUAUUCCCUUCCGCCCUUGGUCGCUUCUUGACGACGUGUUCUACAUGCUGAUCGCGCCGACGCCGCCAACAUGAGUAAAUUGUGGGAGGUCGAUCCGGAGACCAAGAGCAAGCUGCUCACCAUCUCCAAGACCAACGAGAACAACAGAUGCGUUGACUGCGGCGCCCCCAGUCCACAAUGGGCGUCUCCCAAGUUCGGCAUUUUCUUUUGCCUCGCGUGCAGCGGGAUACAUCGAUCCUUGGGCGUGCACAUCUCGUUCGUCCGUUCGGUAACCAUGGACUCGUUCAAGACGGGCGAGGUCAAGCGCAUGGAACUUGGGGGCAACAAGCCAUGGAAAGACUUCUUCGACGCACACAGCAGCAACACAAUGAUCGGCCGAGAAUUCGACAGUUGUACCAUCUCUGAACGAUACGACAGCGAGGCGGGCGAGGAAUGGAAAGAGAGGUUGACAGCAAAGGUGGAGGGCACCGAAUAUGUUCCGGGAUCGCCGAAGCCGAGGACUGCACCAAAGAAGGCGACUGUAGAAAGCGCAUCAGAAACGCCUGCUGGAUCAGGCAGAAAUACACCGCUGGCGGGAGCGAGGGGCACACCGCAGCGGACAUCUACACCAUCGCAAAAGGCACAAAACGAAGCAUACUUUGCGAGAAUGGGCGAAGCAAAUGCGAGCAGACCGGAGGGAGUAGCGCCUAGCCAGGGCGGCAAAUACGCUGGAUUCGGCUCCUCACCAAUGCCCACCAACGACAGCUCACAAGGCGGAGUGCCUGGGGUAGACGAUUUCCAAAAGGACCCCAUUGCAGCUCUCACGAAAGGUUUCGGCUGGCUGUCAAGUACUGUCACCAAACAAGCUGCCACAAUCAACUCCACAUACGUUCAGCCAGGCAUGAAGAAUUUCCAGCAAAGCGAUAUUGCAGCGCAAAUCCGACAGACUGGAAUGAAUCUUGGAAACACGGUCCAGCAAGGGACCAAGGGUCUGGGCGAUCAGUUCAAUAAGUUCGUGGACCCUGAUCACAAACCACAAGGAGGCAGCAAACAUGAAAAGGAAGACUUUUGGGAGAGCUUUGGGCAGGCGCCUGCUGGCCCGCCGAAGGAGAACCAGGACUUCUGGGAUGAGUUUGCUGCGGCAGGCGAGACUACGAAUACACAAAAAGCCAAACCCAGUGGCUUGGGAACGAGUGCAAUGAAGGGCGGCUCGAGUGCGAGCAGCUCGGGCGGUGCGGCUUCCAGCAAAAAGGACGAUGACGGAUGGGGCAAGGAUUGGUAGAUGCCGGUGUUGAAUAAGCGUGGAGUCCGGCGUUAGCAUCUGUGCCGGAUCGGUAGGAGGUAUGUUGCAUGGCAUACUUGAGAACAUAACGCUUUCACAGGAAGUGAAAGUGCCGUCUGCUUCCUGAUGUCGUCUCCACACAGCAUAUGCAGUCUGACUGUGUGCCGGCGCGACGGCCUUUGCACAUUCCGGCCUCGCCGCACAUUGAACGGAGAUUUUAGUGGUCGCUGUUUCAUGGCGACGGUCCAGCCACGCAGUCUACGAAAACAGGCUUGGCGUGAUAAGACGUGUGCUGUGGGUUAUUGGAGCCGAAGUAUCGCACCGUCAAACGCCCAAACAGGUAAGAUGGAAGACUCCGCCACAUUGGAUCUGGACACGGUCGUUGUGAGAGCGAGCGGACACCCUUGGACAAUGUGUCUUGGCGAGGUGCCAUCAGCGGGCGCGACAGUCGAGGUCGUUGAUGAUGAGGAUGACGAGAAUGACUAAGAGAUCUAGUUUGGUGCCAAGCAAGCGCGCAGUGGCUCGU